AGAUCAAAACGUCUGUGCGUUUGCUUUAAGUCACCCACAUCCGGACCCAAAUAAUCCAGCCCCUGCCCCUUCAGUUGGCCCAAGUAGGGUUCCACUUCCGCUCUUGGAAGCCAUGGCGUCAAACAGUGUGCAGGCGACCUUCGAUCGGCUGGUUCAACUGCCCGGCGUGACGGGGGCAAUCCUGAUCAAUGGCGAUGGAGUUCCGGUGCGGACCAAUUUGCCAGCGGAUGUGACCCGAAUAUACGCCGAUCGGAUGAGGCCGCUGGUGAUCCUGGCCCGCUCCAUGGUGCAUGACUUGGAGAACGGGGACGAACUGACCUACGUGCGGCUGCGCACCCGCCGCCAGGAGACGAUGGUGGCCACCGGGCACGAGCAUACGAUCAUCCUUAUCCAGGACAACCGUGUGCUAGACGAAUCCCGGAGGAACAGUGUCGCUUCCCGGCGGUCCUCGGCGCUCUAAAGGAUUCGCGUCCAGUUGGCAGGCAGCACUAGGUGUCGUAAGCAAGCUGCACCACCGGGAAACGACCAUGUCCUGGGUGAGAAGUCCUUGCACGGACGAACUCACAAAUCCAAAGUACAGAACUGAAAUUGUGAGCCGGGCAUUGCUGUGCUGGAAAGGCACGCAAAAUAAAAUCCACAUACAGGCGGGGUAAA